AUGGCCCUCCUCCUCCUCUUCGCCGCGCCCUGCCUCACCGCGCUUGCCUCGCGCCUCGAGCCUCCGCGCCCGCGGCGGGACGACCUCCCGCUGCCGGAGCUCGCUCGCGUCCCACUGCUGCGGCGGGUGCGGUCGCCGCGCCUGCCGACGUACGCCGAGGCGCAGGCGAGCGCGGUGCAGCACCUGCCCGGCUUCCUCUCCGAGGACGACCUCGCCGCGAUCCACCGCCUCGCGGCGCGCGUGCGGCAGCGGCAGGGCACAGCAGGCAACUGGAGCCACACCGUCGAGCGCCUGCACCGCGAGGGCGGCCGGACGGUGUUUGUGAACCACCACCUCGCGGACGAGCUGCCGGGGCUGUACGCGCGGAUGCUCCGCGCCGCCCACGACGCCGACCGGCAUCUCUGGGGCGGGGAGCUGUUGGCGCGGCGGCACGGGCUCGCGCUGCGGUCGGCAGAGUACCACGUCGUCAUCGGCGACGGCGGCGGGCCGAUGGAUGCGCACGCGGACCACGGCUACCCAGCCACGUCUGGACUGUGCCAGCGCCGCAGCGAACCGGCGGCCCCUCACAGGCAUCGUGCAGAGUUCGAGGGCGGCGCGUUUCAGACUGUCGAGCUGGGCGGGGAGGUCACGACGCACUCGUUCGAGCGCGGCGACGCGCUGCUGCCGCAGCAGCCGCACGGCUUCCCCGCCAUCCUCUGA